AACCAUUCACAAACGCUUAGAAGCAAAACAGAAGAAAAAGGUCUGUAAUGGCUAUGAAAAUGGAUGGCUACGAUGUUCCUGAAGGAGUAGACAUCAGAGGCAGAUAUGAUAAUGAAUUUGCUAGGAUCCUCACUAGGGAGGCCCUGGAAUUCGUGGCCCACCUACAACGCGAGUUCCGUAGCCGUAUACGGUAUGCGAUGGAGUGUCGGCGAGAGACCCAGAAGAGAUACAAUGCAGGAAUGUUGCCAGGGUUCGAUCCAGCCACUAAAUUUGUGAGAGACGGGGAUUGGGUUUGUGCGUCGGUCCCACCGGCAGUCGCUGAUCGGAAGGUGGAGAUUACAGGGCCCGUCGAGAGGAAGAUGAUCAUCAAUGCACUAAACUCCGGAGCAAAGGUUUUCAUGGCAGAUUUUGAAGACGCGCUCUCACCAUCUUGGGAAAACCUCAUGAGAGGCCAAGUCAAUCUAAAGGAUGCAGUUGAUGGGACCAUAAGCUUCCAUGAUCAAGCCAGGAAAAGGGUCUACAGACUCAAUGACCAGAUUGCCAAGCUCUUUGUUCGUCCACGAGGGUGGCACCUGCUGGAGGCCCACAUUCUCAUCGACGGCGAGCCUGCAACUGGCUGCCUUGUCGAUUUUGGCCUCUACUUCUACCACAAUCAUGCUAGGUUCCGUGCCACCCAAGGCGGCGGGUUUGGACCCUUCUUCUACCUCCCAAAAAUGGAGCAUUCAAGGGAAGCUAAGAUAUGGAACUGUGUCUUCGAGAAGGCGGAGAAGAUGGCGGGAAUAGAGAGAGGGAGCAUCAGGGUGACAGUUCUGAUAGAGACUCUUCCGGCAGUGUUUCAGAUGGACGAAAUUCUCUAUGAGCUAAGGGAUCACUCUGUUGGGCUCAAUUGUGGUAGAUGGGAUUACAUAUUCAGCUAUGUCAAGACCUUCCAGGCCCACCCAGAUCGCCUACUUCCCGACCGUGUUCAGGUCGGGAUGGCCCAGCACUUCAUGAGGAGCUACUCCGACCUCCUUAUCCAUACAUGCCACAGGCGCGGCGUGCAUGCCAUGGGCGGCAUGGCAGCUCAGAUUCCAAUCAGAGAUGAUCCAGCAGCCAACGAGGCAGCCCUAGAUCUGGUUCGAAAGGAUAAGUUACGAGAGGUACUUGCAGGUCAUGAUGGCACGUGGGCCGCUCACCCUGGCCUGAUCCCAACCAUCAUGGAAGUCUUCAUGAACAACACCGGCGCUGCCCCCAACCAGAUUCAAACUAUGAAGCGGGAAGACGCUGUGAGUUUAACUGAAGAAGACCUCCUAGAGAGGCCUAGAGGAGUGCGGACGAUGGAAGGCCUACGACUAAACACCCGAGUUGGAAUUCAGUACUUGGCAGCCUGGCUUACUGGAACUGGGUCAGUGCCUCUGUACAAUCUCAUGGAAGAUGCUGCAACUGCCGAGAUCAGCAGGGUACAGAACUGGCAGUGGUUGAAAUAUGGGGUGGUUUUGGAUGGUGAUGGUCUUGGUGUUAAGGUGAGCUUGGAGCUAUUUGGGCGGGUGGUGGAAGAAGAGAUGGCAAGGAUUGAGAGAGAGGUUGGCGCGGAAAGGUUUAAACACGGAAUGUAUAGAGAAGCUUGCAGGAUUUUCACCAGGCAAUGCACUGCUCCUACCCUCGAUGAUUUUCUGACUCUAGAUGCGUACAACCGUAUCGUCCUUCAUCAUCCCAAGGUGUCCUCAAAGUUCUGAAUGGUUCCAUCAUCUAGAAGCCUAUAAACUAUAUUGUCUGCCUUGUUUCUGUUACUUGCUGCUGUCUGUGACUACUGUCAUCGUUGGUUGUGGUAUGUUUAUGUUCUCUAAUAAUAUAAUAACUCUACAUUUUCAUGGUCGAUAA